AUGGUGACAGACCACUUCGAUAGGACGCCAUUGUCUUGGGCUGCAGAGAAAGGGCACGAAGCAGUAGUAAAGUUAUUACUUGAGGCAGAGGAGGCAGACGUGAAUUCCCCGGACUUUGAUAAUCGAACGCCAUUAUACUGGGCCAUCGUUGAGGGACAGGAGGGAGUGGUGAAGCUAUUACUUGAGACGGCAAAGGCGGAUGUGAACUUCAGGGACUCUGAUGGGUUGACACCACUAUCCCUAGCCGUGUUGAACGGACGUGAGGUAAUAGUGAAGCUAUUGCUUGAGAUGGGAGAGGUGGACGUAAACCUCGAGGGAUCUAAUGGUGUGACGCCACUGUCCCUGGCUGUGGUGGAGGGACGUGAGACAAUCGUGAUGCUCUUCCUUGAGACAAGAACUGUGGAUGUGAACCUUGGAGACUCCGAUGGUGCGACCCCACUAUCAUUGGCAGCAGUUGAGGGACAUGAGGCAGUAGUGAAGCUAUUACUUAAGACGGGGAGGGUAGAUGUCAACUCCCAGGACUCCCGGGGUCGGACGGCAUUAUCUUGGGCCGCAGAGCAAGGGUAUGAUGCAGUGGUAAAGCUACUACUGGAGACCGGGAAUGUGAAUGUAAAUCUGAAGGAUCUCGAUGGCCGAACGCCAUUGUCAUGGGCUGCGAUGAGAGGGCAUGAUACAGUGACAAGGUUGUUACUUGGGACUGGAAAACUGGAGGUGGAGCGUAAGGACUCAGAGGGUUCAACGCCCAAGACGCAGAGGCGGCGACGAAGAUGUUGA